UUACGCAGCCUAUGACAUCAUUGGCUUCCAGCAGCCGCGUUCCACACGGGGAGCUCGUGCGUAUGCCGGAGCGCCCCCCCCCCCCUCCCGCAGCAAAAUGGCCGCUGACGUACCCAUGGAUGUGGAGUCUGAGCUGAUGAGCGACGAGGAGAUGGAGAGGGAAGCAGAGGUAUUCAAAGAAAGAGGGAAUUCCUUUUACGUUAAAAAGGAUUACUCUGAAGCAUUUAACUGCUAUACAAAGGCCAUAGACUUGUGCCCAAAGAAUGCCAGUUUCCACGGGAACAGGGCUGCUACACUCAUGAUGCUGAGCCGAUACAGAGAGGCGCUGGAGGACUCCCAGCAUGCCGUGCGGCUGGAUGAUACCUUCAUGAAGGGUCACCUCCGGGAAGGGAAGUGCCAUUUGUUGCUGGGCAAUGCGAUGGCUGCCAUCCGUAGCUUUCAGAAAGUUCUUGAAUUAGAGCCUGACAAUGCCCAAGCACAACAGGAGGUUAAGAAUGCUGAAGCCAUCCUGGAGUACGAGAAGCUCGCGGAAGUCGGCUUUGAAAAGCGAGACUUCAGGAUGGUCGUCUACUGCAUGGACCGUGCUCUGGAGUCGGCCUCAGCCUGCCACCGCUUUAAGGUCCUCAAGGCAGAGUGCCUGGCACUGCUAGGGCGCUACUCGGAAGCGCAGUCUGUGGCCAGUGACAUUUUGCGGAUGGACUCAACGAACGGAGACGCCCUGUACGUCCGCGGCCUGUGCCUGUACUACGAAGACUGCAUCGACAAGGCCGUGCAGUUCUUCAUGCAGGCCCUGCGCAUGGCCCCUGACCACGAGAAGGCCCGCAUCGCCUGCCGAAACGCCAAAGCUCUCAAAGCCAAGAAAGAGGAAGGGAACAGAGCCUUCAAGGAGGGGAAUUAUGAGGGUGCCUAUGACCUCUACACAGAAGCGCUCACAAUAGACCCAAACAACAUCAAAACCAAUGCCAAGCUGUACUGCAACAGGGCAACAGUGGGCUCUAAGCUAAAAAAACUGGAGCAGGCGGUUGAAGACUGCACAAAGGCCGUCAAGCUGGAUGAGACGUACAUUAAGGCCUAUUUACGGAGGGCACAAUGCUACAUGGACACAGAAAUGUACGAGGAAGCCGUCCGAGAUUACGAGAAGGUCUAUCAGACGGAGAAGACGAAAGAGCACAAGAACCUCCUGAAGAAUGCACAACUGGAGCUGAAGAAGAGCAAACGGAAAGAUUACUAUAAAGUGCUUGGGGUGGACAAGAGCGCCACAGACGAGGAGAUCAAGAAGGCGUACCGCAAGCGGGCCCUCAUGCAUCACCCUGAUCGCCACAGUUCAGCCAGUCCAGAGGUUCAGAAAGAAGAAGAAAAGAAGUUCAAGGAAGUGGGCGAGGCCUUCUCCGUGCUUUCUGACCCCAAGAAGAAAUCUCGAUACGACAGCGGCCAUGACCUGGAAGAGGACGGCAUGGAUAUGGGAGAUUUUGACGCCAAUAACAUCUUCAAAGCGUUCUUUGGGGGACCUGGCGGCUUCAGUUUCGAAGCCUCUGGACCUGGCAAUUUCUUUUUUCAAUUUGGCUAAAGUCUCCGUUACAUUCAUACCGUAGCCUCGCUGUGGACUUCAUGCACAUGGACUUGUCCUGCCGCCUCAGUCAUGUUCUUGAGUUUUGUAAGUUGGAUGCUGUGUAUACUGUACUUAUGGAAUGCUUUCACUCGAAGACAAAUUGCAAAUACAUUACACUACAAAAGACGUUAGUUUUGAAAUUCUUCAGGGAGAAAAAAAAAACAAAAGAAACAAAAUGCUUGGGUCUUCAGAGUCGUACCUUAAACAUCAUUCUACAACGGUUGGGAAGCUUUGAUUGACACAUCUGCUUUGGAUAUGUAAAAUCUAGCCAUUAAUAUUUUGCAAGAAAAUGUGGAAACCGAAGUCUAGCUUUCUGUAACGGACUCACGGUAGACAGAAAGGAAGUUGGGGUUCUUGCAGUGCCAGUAGGUUUUCACACCUCGAGGAGAGUAAAGAAUUUACCAUGUAGAAAGUUGGUUGAGUUAACUUGAAUUGAUACUCUUCAUUUGCUGCCCAAGAGCAUAUUAACAAAAGCAUGUCUUCUACUGCCACAUGAGCCAGGAAGAAAUGUCAUUGGAGGCUGAAUGUAUCCGAGACUAUUCAGUGUCUCGAUUUUAAUAUGGGGUGAGGGAGGGGCGGGGCUUAAUGUGGAGUAAAUCCUGGAGACUGUAAUGGCUACCACGUGUUUGCCCUGUGAAUGCCUUGUGAAUUCAGCAACAUGCCCUUGGAUAAAUGUACAGUCUCGGUGAAUAGAAUAUCGCUAACAGUCCAGCAUGUAGAACAACGCUGUUGGAAGAGCACGAGGCGGUGGGGGGGUGGAAUAUGACCCCCUGUCAUGUCUCAGUGUCGCCGCAGGUCAGCGUUUGACGUCGCCAUCCUUCCAUCGCUGCAUUGUAAAUUUUACUGGUAUAUAAACUGUUGUCUUUGUAGUAUUUUUUUUUUAUGUUUAAGGUACUUGCGGUACUUCAAGGGAGCACCUAGGUGCUUGCUUGUUUGAAGAUGUUUUAGGGCAGUGUUUCUCAGACCGGUCCUCGGGAACCGACAGAUAGACCACAUUUUUGCUGCCGGUAGCUGGGAGGGACAGAAACGUGGACUGUGUGGGGGUGCCCCUACCGGGUUGAGAAACACUGUUGUUGGGAAUAUGAGGAAUGUACCCCCCACUGGAAAACCCUUACACAAAUGCGAAGUGACAGUUUGUCUGCGGCCUGCUUUAAAAACAAUUAUGUAAAUAAACAUAGCUGCCCCGUGUUCUCCUUUUUAAAGCAGAUGGUCAUUUUAUUUCUUUGUGAUGGCCGUUGUCUUGUGUUUCUGAUCCUGGACAAAGAUAUUUAUUGUGUCCCUCUUGUUUCUCUCUUGGUGUGACUCACAUUAUGAGUCACUCUUGGUUAUUUUUAUCCUCAGUGACUUCGUGCCUUAUGACACAUGCAGCUUACCGUUGUACCGUCUCAUUCAAUUGAUGGCACGUUUAAUGCAUUCCUCUGGCUCUGGUUGCCUCCGCAAGAAUGGAAAACAAGUAAAUGUAGGAGUGAGAAUUUUAUUUUUUAUUUUUUUCCCCCUCCACGUCUCCACAGUUCUGUCUAGAAACACAAGGGUGCUUCCAAAUGGCCACCACCGGAAAGAUGUGUAAUAUACCUGUGCAACUUAUACCAGCCAUGAUAGUUGUACUCACAUGAUUUGGGUUUUAUACCUGUCAAGGUGACAGGCAUUAUGGGGAAACUUCAGUGCACUGGAUUCAUUCCUUCUAUUUGUACUGAAAUAGUUGUAUGUAAACAAAACAAAAUCCAUGCACCUAUAUGUAGUUCUGCAUUCAGCACUCAUUUCCUGUUUUAUAAUGCAACAUCUAAAAUCCAUGGCCAGCUUAUGGUUUAUUAAAGGCUAAUCGUGGUAGUAAUGGACUGAGAAGACGCCGUUAACUUUUAUCUUAUUAUAAUAAUUAUUAUUCCUGAGUAACUUUCAAUGAUGUUUUAUACACUGGUAGCCAAAGGAAAUGCAGACAUGACAGCCUAAAACCAUGGAUUGUCUUCUAAAUAUUAAAAUCAAGAUAGAUUUUCCCUUUUUCUUUUCCUCCCCCUCUGCCCCAUAUCUGUGAUCCUUUUAAUAGUGGCCAUAGAGGUAUUGUCUAUAUAAGUGAUAGUGCUGAAGGGUCACAACUGAAGCAAUCAUCAGUAAAAGUGUGACUGUCAAAGGGAGCUUAGCAUUAAGCGACGUUGGCAAUGCAGUGACUAGGCCAGUAGAAAUGCUCCUUGUCUGAUUACUUGCACACGGUUGGUGUGGUACAGCACGGUGAGAAGAACCAGCACAUUUAAAAAUGUACCUGCACCUGGACUACAGUGAAGUGAUGACUAGAUAUAAAAACAAUUUAGUCAAGCAAAGGGCAUAAGACACAUGUAUAUAUUGUCCUAUGUGUUGUGUAUACAUUAUGGUUGUAAUUAAAUAAAAACAAGUAGGAAGUA